AUGAUGUUCCGUUUAUUACAAAAAGCUCGAUUAUUUCCAUCGUCGAUUAUUAUUCGAUUGAAUUCAACUCAAAAAAUUCCUGUACGAAAUUUGCCGACUAUUGAAGACGAUGAUGACGAUGAUGAGAGCGCAAAACAAUUCACGACAGCCAAGGAUUAUAUCUUCGCCGAUUCGAAAUCCGCUCGAUUCAAAGAAAAGAACAAACGAAAACAAAAACAAUGGCUAAAGGAACUUGAACAGCAACAAAUUCGUCCCAAUACACCUUUAUCGUCGUUUGUAAAACAGGAAGAAAAGAAGGAGCACAUCCCGGAGGAUAAAAUCAUACGUGAUACAUAUGUGACAUCAGAAGGAAUCGUUCGUCAAGACAAUUUCCAAUUGAAUUUUGACGUCGACUUAGAUGAAGAUGAACAGGAGAAAGAGGCAGAUGAACCAAAACCAUUGGCUGUUGGUGGACGACAAUAUCCUGUGUGGUAUUAUGCAGGAAAACUGAAGCAGCUGGCAGCACAAAAUAAGGUUCAAGAAACCCUUGACUACUUCUAUAAUGAAAUGAUGGACAAGGAACGCGUUGCUCCGAAUCUAUUUUGUUAUCAAGUUGUCAUUGGCAUCUGUGCAAGAAAUGGUUAUUUAACACAAGCAUUUGAUCUAUAUCGUGAAAUGAAAGAUCGAGGCUUUACAACUGUUGAUUCACGAAAAAUGUCGAAGAUCUUUACAUUACUUGCUAACGCUUGUUAUCGCGCGUCGGAUAGUCAACUGGCAAUUGAUCGUGCAACUCAUCUUGUUGACGAAAUGAAAACAAAAGAGUUUCGUAUUGAAUAUCGAACAUACAAUGCAUUGAUCGCUGCAUUCGGUAAACACGAUCAAUUGAAAAUGUCAUUCCAAAUAGCUGAUGAGAUGACCGAAGUGGGUUUUGUACCAAAUGAAGAUACUUAUGCGUCGCUACUGAUUGCCUGUCAAUCAGAGAAGAAUGCUGGCUUUAAAUAUGCUAUCGAAAUUUGGCGACGAAUGUUAGCUUUUGAUAUCCGGCCGACACCGUUCCAUUUUGGCCUAUUAUUAAAUAUAGCAUGCCAUUGUGGAUUAGGUUCAUCGGAAUCGAUGCAUGACUUACUCUUUCCACCUCAGCCGCUACAAUUUCUUCUUCCUGAAAAUGAUCUUCAAGAUAAAAAAGAGGAAACUAGACGUGGACCAUCAUUUCUCUCGUCGAUCAAUUCGUACAAUCAUGAUCCAUCGCAAAUUACACCAAAAUCGGAUGAUUCAUUCGUUGAAGAUCAUGACACCGGAGAGAUGAUACCUUCAACUUCAUCUGUCGUUAUGGAGCACGACGAUACUUUCUCAUCGGCAGAAUUAACUUCCGAAUGGUGGCAAGAUCCAGCAGAUGUACAAAAAGGGCAUUUACUACAUAAUCAUCUACGUCCAUUCAGUAAUGCAAGUAUUCUCAAACCAAACAUGGCCUAUGAAGAACCAAAUCUCGUUGGUUUUCGAAUGCCUAAAUCGCCUUCGGAACGCUUAAUGCUCUUGGGUGGUAUUCCUGGUAUAUUGAAACAUAUGCAAGAAUGCAAUAUUGUUCCUAAUAAUAUUAUUUUCAAUACUCUUCUCAAUCUCAUUCCACCACUAACAGAACAUGAGCAAGCAUUGAUACAUGUUUCCAAUUUAUGUGAAGUUAAACCUAACAUCCAAUUUUACAAUGUACUUAUCCUUCGGCGAUUACGUCGUGGUGCUAAACAAGAAGCAUUGCAAGUGCUGGAUCUCAUGCGUGAACGAUGUCUUUCGCCGGAUGAAUACACAUUUGCAGCAUUGGCUAAAGGGUGUCGGAAUAGACAAGAAGCCGAACAAUUGCUGAGUGAAAUGAAGGAUUUGAAUAUUAAACCAAAUCAAAAAAUUCUCGGAGCAAUGUUAGGAAAUGCAUUUUAUCGAACGAACUUCCCGUUCAUUACAUUGAUCUGUGAAACCUAUCGUGCAUAUAAUUUACAAGCGAACAGAAUCUUUUUGGAGCGAUUGGAGAAGUUUCUGUUGGAAGUUCGUACAAAAAUUCUCGCUAUGGAGCGUGCCAAUAUCGAUGACGAACAAUACCGGUUAAUAAGUUCAUCAUAUGAUCGUUUUCAAAAAUAUUAUAGCAAAUGGCUGAAUGAGAUUUCCUACAGCAAACGUUUUGAUCAGAAAAUUUCUUUUCGCUUCAAAAAGCCCGAUUUGAAAAAAUAA